AUGUGGCAAGCCAACUGCCGACGAAUGCAUCAUUUAGCAGACUGGAUUUCAGGUAACGUGAUGGGAGGCUGCGUGGGGAGGAGCAGGAGGAACGACGGCCACGGGAGUGUUCGGAGUUUGACCAGGAGCAAAAAACGUGGAGGACGAAAUGAGCCUCUCAAGAAGGAGCGUCUCAAGUGGAAGAGCGAGUACCCGAUGACCGAGGGCCAGCUCAGGAGUAAACGGGACGAAUUUUGGGACACGGCUCCGGCUUUCGAUGGACGCAAAGAGAUCUGGGAUGCACUCCGAGCAGCAGCCUUGGCUGCUGAGUGCAAUGACCUGGAGCUAGCGCAGGCCAUCGUGGACGGAGCCUGCAUCACUUUGCCUCAUGGUUCUCUCACGGAGAGUUACGAUGAGCUAGGAAACCGCUAUCAACUUCCAGCGUACACUUUGGUACCACCCAUCAAUCUAAUCAACGAAACAUGCAGUGAGAACAAAAUUUGUGAACCCACACAAAAGCAAGUGCAGCCUCCUCCCUGCAGGCAAGAGUUCCAGCUGCGUGUGCGACUGUCCUCCGGCGAGGAUGUGCGUCUUACAGCAAGCUUAGCUGACACCAUUGCCGAGCUGAAGAAACAGCUGGAGAAUCAGGAGGCCAUCGACGUGUCCCACCAGAGAUGGUUCUUCUCUGGUAAACUCCUCACAGACAAGACUCGUUUGCAGGACGCUAAAAUCCAGAAAGACUUUGUUGUCCAAGUCAUUGUCAACAUGAACCCUCCAAUUAUAGCCAACUAA